AUGAACGAUGGCUUGGGGUCGUCUUCUGAUGCGCUAUUUACAAGGGAAAAAAAUACUGAGCAAGGUAAGGGAUCUUCAAGACAGAGAUCCAAAUCCAAGGGCAAUGGUAAAGGAAAACUAAAGUACUGGAACUGUGGAAUAAAUGGACACGUGAAGAAGGAUUGCACAAAUUCUAAAGCGAAAAAAGAAAACUCAGAUGCUUCUUCUGAGGAGGCUAAUGUUGUCACAUCUGAUGAAGAAAACUCAGACUUUUAUGGUAAUAUCCCCUUCGACUACUCCCAGUUGGACCUGCUCAAGAUAUUUAAGAAAUUUGGGAAGGUGUUAGACGUUUUCAUCCCAAAUUUCUUAUAUUCGGGGCACCCAAGGGGAUAUGCCUUCAUUCGAUUCCUUUAUGAAGUUAAUGCAAGAGCUGCCAUGGGUGUGCUAGAUGGCCAGAGAAUAGAUGGGAGGGUAGCAUCUAUUAAGCUAGCCAAACCCAGACGACCUUCUUUGGAAGCUAAAAGCACCCCUAAUCCCGUUCUCUCGCAUUAG